UCUUUGGCUUCUUCCUGUUCUAAUUGGCUGCUUGAGGAUACUUAAGGCUCCAGCUUCUGCCUGGCCCUGAUCCUAUCAUUUUUACCUGCUGGUGCUUCUGGCCUGCAAUCUAUCGAGAUGGAGGUCUUCAAUCUGUGGAGGGAUUAUCUGGGACUAGCUAGCGUGGUGGGGGCUCUCCGGGAGGAAAAGCUGGAGCCGCAGGUGGCAGGGACAGAGCCAGGCCCAGACCCCGGACCCAGCCUGAGGCAGGACCUCCUGCCCCCCAGGGACUCCCUCUGCACCUUUUGCAAGCACAAUGGGGAGUCUCGAAACAUCUACUUGUCCCACACGCUGAAGGACGAGGAAGGCCGCGUGGUGUGUCCCAUCUUGAGAAAAUACGUGUGCCCACAGUGCAGAGCCACCCAAGACAAUGCCCACACCAAGCGCUUCUGCCCACUCACCAGCAAGGGCUACAUGUCUGUGUACAGCUACACGGCCCGCAAUUCAGCCGGCAAACGGGCCAGCCUGCAGUGGCCAUCGGAGGAGCCCAACUCGGCCAAGAGCCGGACCAAGAGGCUUCCGGCAGUGCCCGAAGGAAAAGCUCCCAGCCGGGCUCUGGAGGAAAGCGGCGCCGGCAGUGGCACAGGUAGGAGCUGGGAGCGGGCGGGAGAGACUGGCAGGAGGGGCUCCAAGGAGCAGAAUCGGGCACCUGGCAAGAGACUAGAUAGAAGGGGGGAAAAAGCUUCCCCCAGUCAGGGCCGGGCAGUGAUGUAG